AUGGGUCAUCGGCGUGGUCCAAAGCCAUGGGCAAGCAACGAACAGGAAGCUUUCCUUCUAGCACGACUCCCUGACUAUAUCAAGUGUCAGCCAUCAAAGAGGUACCGAGAUUUUUUGGUCGACACUGGCCUUGCAUUUUUAGCUAAGUGGCCAGAGCGUGCAUAUCUAAGUCGAAAUGGGAUUCCUGCGGAAGGACCUCUUACCCCAGAUCAGUUCAAGAUUGUCCAAACAGCUAUUAAAGCACGCAAGACUGCCAUCGUGCGCUGGUACCGAUGGCAGACAAAUACGGCACGUCUGGCACGAUCAGGCAACUCCAAUGUCGAACUAAAAUUGGGGGUCACACUAAAUGGGGGAGAUGAGCUCAAGGGCACCAGGGCACCGCAGGAAGUCGAGGUGUACUCACAUUGCCAUUAUGAGUCGCGCGUCAAGGUUGCCGUGAACGCUGCAAUCACAGCUGCUGGGGGGACCUCUUCACGAGGCGAAAAGUUGUGUAAGCGGAAGGAAGUGACCCGCAUAAAAUAUGCCUCAGAGGACGAGGUAAUAAGAGCUGAAGUCAAGGAAAAGCACCGAGAAGCGCUUGCAAAGUGGAAGCAUGAUCGUGAGCUAGCUAGAGCAGGGUUUGUUGAAGAAGUCAGCGAUGAUGCAAAGAUACAAGCUUUCAAUGAGCUGGGACCACACCUGGAUCGCAUCUUCCGUCAUUUGUCCUACAAGACUGGAGGGCUCAAAUUCACUUGCAUUGCGGGUGGACGUAAUCCUGCCACAGGUGAAAUUGUAGUGGUCGACUUCCAUCUGGGCGAAACAGAUACCGGUGGAGAGUUCGCAACCUGCUACCCAGGAUUCUCAGACGUUCAAGCAGCCUAUGCAAAUUUCUUGAAGGAAGCAAUUUCGCAUGAUGACAAUAUGCUGGCGCUUGUGAAUGCAGAUGUGUCAGCUGAGACACGCAUCGAUAAUGAGCUUGGUGAGGCUGAGGAGACCGAUGCAGAUGUGUCAGCCGAGGCGCGCAUCAAUAACGAGCUCGGUGAAGCUGAGGAGACCAAUGAAGAGGACAAAGACAAGGCAAUGCGGGAUGAUGAGGAUGAGAGGAAUACAGGUAGUGCACAAAGUUUGGAGUCGUUGGACCUCUAUCAUAUAGGGCCCCAGGAGGACAACCAGAUAGGGCUGCAAGACAUAGCUCUGGGCCUGGGUAUCGGCACUCGAACGACUACCAGCGCAUGUCUCCCCGACUACCCUCAUUCUUCGGAGACCGAGCCACCUUCAUUUGGGGACAUCGACUUCUGGAACAUAGUAGGCGCGGAGGAAUUCAACAAUAUGCUCGCUGUAUCACAAGACCCAUUCCACCCUAGUUUCAUUGAUACCGGCUUUGAUCCCAGCUUCCCCCAGCCUCAACACGAUCCAUUUCAGCACGCUUCUGCUUAUUUCGCGCCCAACAACUUGGCGACUGUGCAAAACCCAGAUUAUCCGAUUGAAGAUUUCUUUUUAAACGCAGGCUAUCCCUACGGUGGCAAAGCGCUCCUGGAACCAGUCUUACCUGUUACCGUGCCUCACAAUGCACCUUCCACUCAGACCUCAAACAUACCAGCUCCCGACAUUCCAUCCCCAGUAAUGACCACACCGCCUGCCCUGCCUGCAAGUGCGCAAUCUGAGUACACCAACAUACUUGUGUCUGGUGGAAGGCCUCGUUCCCUAGCAGGUCCCAAGGCCAACGAACAAAUGAACGGCGAUGAAAUGGUUAGACCUACUUUUGGACUAACUGCUGAGUUGCAGCCAGAUGAAGGUCCGCGUCGUACAGCACGCCGACACAUCCCAUCAAAUCGUGCGCAGGUUCUUAAUGCAAUUGGCUCAUCGAAUGCUCGUGUCUGUGCGACAUUGGGGGGGGCCAAAGAGAACGAUGGACCUCCAGUCUCGCUGGCUACAAAACGCAAGGCGAAGUCGACCAACCAAUCCAACAAGUAA